AUGGGACAUAGUAACAAUGUCACAGAGUUUAUCCUCCUGGGCCUCACUCAGGAUCCUGGUGGGCAAAAAGCAUUAUUCGUCAUGUUUUUACUCAUCUAUGUUGUAACAAUGGUGGGCAACCUGCUCAUUGUGGUGACUGUCUUUGCCAGCCCCUCACUGGGGUCCCCCAUGUACUUCUUCCUUGCUUAUCUGUCCCUCAUGGAUGCUGUUUAUUCCACUGCUGUGUCACCCAAAAUGAUUACAGACUUGCUCCGAGAUAAAAAGACAAUUUCCUUCCCAGCUUGCAUGGGCCAGCUAUUUAUAGAACACUUAUUUGGCGGUGCUGAGGUCUUCCUUCUGGUGAUGAUGGCCUAUGACCGCUAUGUGGCCAUAUGUAAGCCCCUGCACUAUUUGACAAUCAUGAAUCGAAGGGUAUGCAUUGUGCUUCUUGCAGUGGCCUGGGUGGGAGGAUUUCUGCACUCUGUGGUUCAACUUCUCUUUGUGUACAACCUCCCCUUCUGUGGCCCCAAUGUCAUUGACCACUUCAUCUGUGACAUGUACCCGUUAUUGGAACUUGCCUGCACUGAUACCUACUUUGUAGGCAUCAUUGUGGUUGCUGACGGUGGAGCCAUCUGCAUGGUCAUCUUUACUCUACUCCUAAUCUCCUACGGAGUCAUCCUCAAUUCCCUUAAAGGUCACAGUCAGGAAGGGCGACGCAAAGCCCUGUCCACUUGUGGUUCCCACAUCACAGUGGUGGUUCUCUUUUUUGUUCCUUGUAUUUUUAUGUAUGUUAGACCUGUUUCCACAUUUCCCAUCGAUAAAUCCAUAACUGUGGUUUUUACUGUUAUUACCCCCAUGUUGAAUCCUCUCAUAUACACCUUGAGAAAUUCAGAGAUGAAAAAUGCUAUGGAGAAACUUUGGUGUAAGAAGAAAACUACUGCUCGAUAA